AUGGAGCUCGCGUUCCUUUACCAAACGCGUACCAUACUUCGACUCCGUCCUGAGGUCGCUCGGACAGCCCAACGCCAUGCGAAGAGACCCCUAUCAGCAUCGGCCCUGGUCCUCUCAUCCUUCCUCCAACGGAAAGCCGCUGCGGUGGCCGCAACCAACUCAACCCGCAAUGACGAUGUUACGACUCUAAGUGCGCAGGAAGAACGGAUCUUUCAACGGCUGCAAUUGUACAAGGACCCCCAAGAGCUUAAUGCUCGGCUUGGCGUGCCAGCUCCUGAGACAGAUCAACUAGACAUCAGCCCAGAAAGGCUCCUUGCCCUUUUCACACCUCGGCAGAAGGCAUCAGUCGAUGAUGACACGUUGCACCCAGACCAGUCAUCUGGAACAUCCGAGUCAAGUCCCGGCAAACUCAGAGCACCACCCAUAACUACUGAGAGCAUAGCGCAGCAGAUCUGCUUGGGCGAGACUAGGGAGUUCGCGAGGGCCGCGCGACAGGCACUCGAAUCAAAGACCGAACCUGGCGACCUGGCCCUGUACAAACUACUUGAAGCCCGUGUGUUUCCUCUUAUAGAAGUGCUCGGUCUAAAGGGCAAACUACGCAAACGCGCAGCACAGAAGUCGGCCAACGCGGCGACAGACACACCAGCCGCAAAGGUGGACAAGUCCCAUCCACUACUCAACAUUCCCGCCCUCGUCAAGAAGCACGGCUCUCACCUCACAGCACCCUCAUUUUCCGUGUCCAAGCCCUCCGUCCCUCCAUCGACCUCUCCAUCGACACCGAACACCACAACUACGACCAGCAAACACCAAGGGCCCCCGCUGCCCUCGCCCCUCACUGUUCUCACGCGCCUCUACCCAACACUCUUGCUCCUCACCCUCCGCCUCCUGGUCCUGCACCACCCACUCUCUAUACUCACCUCCUCACUCCUCCCUCGCAUCCGCCAUCUCGGCCCCAUAACAUCCUCGGAAAUGGAGCGUGGUGGGGUGGAGUUUGAUCUUGGGACGUUGGGCGUGCUGAGGGGUAUGACUGACGAGAGGAGUGCAGAUCUCUCUGGUCAAAGCGAACAAGGAGGGACGACAGAGGGGCGGAACCCAGCGCACUACAGGGGCAGGGAGUUCUGGCUGGCUCCUACGCAGGCCGAGUUGUGGCCGAAGGUCGAGGAGUGGCAGAGCAUAAUCGAGCUGAGGCUGCGAGAGAGCGGGCUAGGCGAGGUAAUGCGCGAGUCUGGUGGCAGCAGUUCUGCUAUUGGUGUGGAUGGGAGGAGCGUGAAUGUGGGUAUAGGGGCCCAGGAGAUUGAGGUCCCACGGGUCUGGCUGUGA